UGGAAUGGAAGCGGACAACUUGUGCGUCCCCCCACCCCCCGCGGCCGGUUUCAAAAUGUCCAACAGAAGGUGAUUAGACCUGUGGUGUUUGUGUAGAAGUCAGUUGAGUGAGUUUCCUGCCCUGUUCACUGGAGUUUUUGAUCCACGAUGAAGCGGAAUAAGCCUUGAAUUGAAGACAUGGAUUUUGCUCGGAGGGUUUGGCAGCUCCUUCUUCUGAAAACCGAAGAACUUAACUCUGGAAACUAUGCUGUAAAUCUCAGAGUUUCAUAUCUGUAAGUAAAAUCUAGUACAGGAGAAUCAGGAUGAAAAGAUGGCAGCCAUGCUGUUACCAACGGGUCCUGAUGGCUUGCGGCGGUUCACUCGCGAAUCCUUGGCUGCCAUGGAGCAGCGGAUUGCGGAGGAGCAGGCCAAGAACGCCAAGGGUUGCCAGGAGGCUCACAGGAACGCAGAGCCACCCAAACCCAGGGCCGACCUGGAGGCAGGCAAGCAGCUGCCACGCAUCUUUGGUGACAUCCCUACAGAACUUAUCGGGGUGCCACUGGAGGACAUUGAUCCGUUUUACUACAAGAACCAGAGGACUUUUAUAGUACUUAACAAAGGGAAGGCCAUCUUCAGAUUCAGUGCCACAUCUGCACUUUACAUCUUUAGUCCGUUUCACUUCAUCAGAACAAUCGCCAUCAAAGUUUUAGUCCAUUCGUUGUUUAGCCUGUUCAUAAUGUUCACUAUACUGACCAACUGUUUCUUCAUGGCCAUGUCUGAUCCGGCACCGUGGACCAAGUACCUGGAGUAUACUUUCACUGCCAUUUACACUUUUGAGUCGGCGAUAAAGAUAUUAGCGAGAGGAUUCUGUCUGUUGUCGUUUACCUUCCUGAGAGACCCGUGGAACUGGCUGGACUUCAGCGUCAUUGUCAUGGCAUAUGUGACAGAAUUUGUGGAUCUGGGAAACGUCUCUGCAUUAAGGACCUUCAGAGUACUACGAGCCCUGAAAACCAUCUCAGUAAUCCCAGGUCUGAAGACCAUCGUCGGUGCCCUGAUCCAGUCCGUGAAGAAGCUGGCGGAUGUGAUGAUCCUGACUGUCUUCUGCCUCAGCGUGUUCGCCCUCAUCGGCCUGCAGCUGUUCAUGGGGCUCUUGCGACAAAAGUGCGUCCGCAGCCUGACGCACUGUAUCAACUCCUCCUACAGCCCCAACGCAUCCUUCAUCUGUAACAACAGAACCUGGAGCUCCAGGGCAGACUUCCUCAGCAGUGAAGAUAAUUUUUACAAAGUUGAAGGAGCAAAGGACGCCUUAAUAUGUGGAUAUGGAAAUGAUGCAGGGAAGUGUCCAGAUGGAUUUGACUGCCUAAAAGUUGGGAGAAAUCCAAACUAUGGCUACACCAGUUUUGAUACUUUCGGCUGGGCUUUUCUGGCCCUUUUCCGACUCAUGACGCAAGACUACUGGGAAAAACUGUUCCAUCAGACUCUGCGCUCGGCGGGGAAGACCUACAUGGUUUUCUUCGUGCUGGUCAUCUUCCUGGGCUCCUUCUACCUGGUCAACCUGAUCCUGGCUGUAGUGGCCAUGGCCUAUGAGGAGCAGAAUCAGGCGACCAUCGCUGAGGCCUGGCAGAAAGAGAGAGAGUUUCAGCUGGCUAUGGAGCACCUUCGACGAGAACAAAGAUUGGCAGCAAAGAGACAAGCCCAGGAGACGGACUCGGUGUUAUCCCCAGAGCUGUCUCCAAUCUGUCAGAAGACAGGAAGUAUACGACGUAGCAGCUGCAGAAGAAGAAGAUCUCACAGGACGUUGUCAGAGGAAACAGAAGAGGAAGCUGCUGAGGAGAAGUUUGACCCACUGGACGAACCAAUGCCUCCUCUGUCUCCCCUGCCAGUCCACCCUCUGCUGGCCACGCUCUCGGCUCACCCCCUCAGCACCAGGAGAGGAAGCCAGGUCAGCAUCUUCAGCUCUUUCCGGGCACGCAACAACUCGGAGGCUGACUUCGGAGACGACGAGUACAGCAUCCACGGGGACGCCUUCAGGAGUCGCGCCAGUUCAACAGCCACACCCUGGAAGAGGAGGACGGGCAGCGUGAGGAGUCACUGCUCCCAAGUCUUCACCCCAAGUCUCACCGUCAACGGUCGGCUCAACAUUUCCCUGGACCAGAACGGAGUCACCGCUGUGGGUUUGCACACGCCCACCUCCAUGCUUGCUUACAGCAUGGAGAGGGUUAGAGAAGACAUGAAGCCCGCCGGUGCGGAGGACCCAGUUCCCAGAUCGCUCCUCCAGCCUUCACCUACAGUGACCGAGCCUCCUCCAGUGCACAGGAAAAGAGGGCUGAGCUCUGUCAGCUUCCUCAGUGAUGCCAUGGAGGAGCUGGAGGAGUCGAGGCAGAAGUGCCAUCCUUGCUGGUACACAUUUGCCAAGAAGUACCUGAUAUGGGACUGCCCCUGGUGGCUGAAGAUAAAGGAUUGGGUGAAGUGCAUGGUGAUGGAUCCUUUCCUGGAUCUAGGUAUCACCAUAUGCAUUGUGCUGAACACCCUCUUCAUGGCCCUGGAGCACUACCCCAUGACGGAUGAGUUCAACACCAUGCUCUCAGUGGGCAAUCUGGUGUUUACGGGGAUCUUUACAGCUGAGAUGGUGCUGAAGCUGAUUGCCAUGGACCCUUACUAUUACUUCCAACAAGGCUGGAACAUCUUUGACGGCGUCAUUGUUUGCCUCAGUCUGAUGGAGUUGGGUCUUUCCAAUGUAGAGGGGCUGUCUGUCCUGCGAUCCUUCAGACUGUUACGAGUCUUCAAACUGGCGAAGUCCUGGCCGACUCUCAACACGCUCAUCAAGAUCAUUGGCAACUCAGUGGGCGCCCUGGGGAACCUGACCCUGGUGUUGGCCAUCAUCGUCUUUAUCUUUGCUGUGGUGGGCAUGCAACUGUUUGGCAAGAACUAUCAGGAUUGUGUGUGUAAGAUCUCCAAUGACUGUCAGCUGCCUCGCUGGCACAUGAAGGACUUCUUCCACUCUUUCCUAAUCGUGUUCCGGGUGCUGUGCGGCGAGUGGAUCGAGACCAUGUGGGACUGUAUGGAAGUGGCAGGGCAGCCCCUCUGCAUCCUGGUGUUCAUGUUGGUCAUGGUCAUAGGGAACUUAGUGGUGCUGAAUCUCUUUCUGGCCCUGCUGCUCAGCUCCUUCAGCUCCGACAACCUCUCCGCUCCAGAUGAAGACGGGGAUUUGAAUAACAUCCAGAUCGCCAUCGCCCGUAUCAAUUCCGGUGGUUCGUGGCUCGCCACGCACGUCAGCGACUUCUACAACCACAGCGUGAAGCGUCGGAAGCAGAAGGCCAAAGAGGCCAGUCAGGCCAUCAAGCUGGUUAGCAAUCACGUGGAAAGCAAUGGGGGAGUUUUCGGAUGCUAUGGAGAGAAAUACGUCAUCCCAGAGGAGGACAGCUACAUGACCAACCCAAACCUGACUGUCAUUGUUCCCAUCGCACCCGGAGAGUCGGAUGUGGAGUUUCUGGAAGAGGAGGAGAUUUCAGAGUCGUCAGAGGAUGAAGACAACAAGCCGGAGGAGGUCAGCCUGUCGGAGGGCAGCACAGUGGACCUGAGGAGACCCGGGGACGAGAUAGACGACCUGUCAGAGCUGGCCGAGGAGAGUAUGGAGCCAGACGAGUGUUUCCCAGACUUGUGCAUGAGGUACUGUCAGUGCUGUGACAUCGACACCAGCCGUGGUCUGGGUCAGGCCUGGUGGCGGCUGAGGAAGACCUGCUACCAGAUCGUGGAGCAUAGCUGGUUUGAGACCUUCAUCAUCUUCAUGAUCCUGCUCAGCAGCGGAGCUCUGGCAUUCGAGGACAUCUACAUUGAGAAGAGAAAAGUGGUUAAGGUGGUGUUGGAGUACGCCGACAAAGUGUUCUCCUACAUCUUCGUGCUGGAGAUGUUCCUCAAGUGGAUCGCGUACGGCUUCAAGAAGUAUUUCACCAACUACUGGUGCUGGCUCGACUUUCUUAUCGUGGACGUGUCCUUGAUAAGCCUGGUGGCAAACUCACUGGGAUAUUCCGACUUCGCUGCCAUCAAGUCCCUGCGGACGCUCCGGGCUUUGCGACCUCUCAGAGCUCUGUCCAGGUUCGAGGGCAUGCGGGUGGUCGUGAACGCUCUUAUCGGAGCGAUCCCCUCCAUCAUGAACGUGCUGCUCGUGUGUCUCAUCUUCUGGCUCAUCUUCAGCAUCAUGGGAGUCAACCUGUUCGCCGGCAAGUUCGGAAAGUGCGUGAACAGAACGGGUUUCAUCCACAGCGUCACCGUAGUCAACAACAAGUCGGACUGCCUCGGCAUGAACGACACCCAGUUCUACUGGACAAAAGUCAAGGUCAACUUCGACAACGUGGGACUCGGGUACCUUUCCCUGCUGCAAGUGGCUACGUUUAAAGGAUGGAUGGAGAUAAUGCAUGCAGCUGUUGAUUCAAGAGGAGUGGAGGAACAGCCCAUCAGAGAAAUCAACCUCUACAUGUACCUUUACUUUGUCGUCUUCAUCAUAUUCGGCUCCUUCUUCACCCUCAAUCUCUUCAUCGGCGUCAUUAUCGACAACUUCAAUCAGCAGAAAAGAAAGUUAGGUGGACAGGAUAUCUUCAUGACUGAAGAACAGAAGAAGUACUACAACGCAAUGAAGAAGUUAGGAUCUAAAAAGCCACAGAAGCCCAUACCGAGACCUGCGAACGUGCUCCAAGCCUUCUUCUUCGAUCUCGUGUCCAAGCAAGCCUUUGACAUCAUGAUCAUGAUGCUCAUCAUCGUCAACAUGGUGACCAUGAUGGUGGAGACAGAUGAGCAGUCGGAGCGCAUGGAGUCCGUCCUCAACAAGAUCAACAUGGUCUUCAUCGUGGUCUUCACCACCGAAUGCCUGAUCAAGCUCUUCGCCCUCCGGUGUUAUUUCUUCACAGUUGCAUGGAACAUCUUUGAUUUUGUGGUGAUAGUUCUGUCUAUUGUGGGGAUCGUUCUUGCAGACAUCAUUGAGAAGUACUUUGUAUCUCCGACCCUGUUUCGAGUCAUCAGACUGGCGAGGAUAGGACGUGUACUUCGACUUAUACGUGCAGCCAAAGGAAUAAGAACUUUACUGUUUGCCUUAAUGAUGUCCAUGCCAGCACUGUUCAACAUUGGCCUCCUGCUUUUCCUCGUCAUGUUCAUCUAUGCUAUCUUCGGAAUGGCGAACUUUGCCUACGUGAAAAAACAAGAUGGGAUUGACGACAUGUUUAACUUUGAGACCUUUGGAAACAGUAUUAUCUGCCUUUUUCAGAUCAGCACCUCUGCAGGCUGGGACAACCUCCUGAGUCCGAUAAUGUCCAGCUCUCCAGACGAGUGUGACGCUCACUUUGUCAACACCGGCACCAACACCCGGGGAAACUGUGGCAGCCCGUCGGUGGGCAUAGCUUUCUUUGUCAGUUACAUUAUCAUUUCUUUCCUCAUUGUGGUUAAUAUGUAUAUAGCUAUCAUUCUGGAGAACUUCAGUGUCGCCACGGAGGAAAGUACGGAGCCGCUGAGCGAGGAUGACUUUGAGAUGUUUUAUGAGGUUUGGGAGAAGUUUGAUUCUGAGGCCACGCAGUUCAUUGAGUUUUCCAUGCUGUCGAGCUUUGCUGACACCUUGUCCGAGCCGCUACGCAUCGCCAAGCCCAACAUGAUCAAUCUGAUCGCCAUGGACCUUCCCAUGGUCAGUGGGGAUAGGAUCCACUGCCUGGACAUCCUGUUUGCCUUCACGAAGCGUGUCCUAGGAGAGUCGGGUGACAUGGACGCCCUCAAGCAGCAAAUGGAGGAGAAGUUCAUGAUGACAAACCCUUCCAAGGUUUCCCACGAGCCCAUCACCUCCACACUGCGCCGCAAGCUGGAGGAGGUGUCGGCGAUCAUCAUCCAGAGGUGUUAUAGGAGGCAUCUGGUGCGCCGGCAGAUGAAACAGGCGUCCUACCUCUACAGACAAAUAAACUACGAGACCGUGGUGGACGUGGAGAAUGCCCCGGAAACAGAGGGGCUGAUAGCGUCUAUGAUACAGCACUAUGGGCCCGCGGGGGUGGAGAUUGUACAGACCACGGAGGACACUCUGAUGUCCUCACCACCAUCUUAUGACAGUGUGACCAGGGCAGUCGGCGACCUCUCUGAGGUGGUCAGAUCAAUAUCCAGAGACUCUGAACUCGGGGAGCCUGGUGAAAACUACGAGGAGACUUUUCUUUGAGACUCAGACGUGAGGAGAGUGGUUGUGUGGUUUUUGUCCGUUUUGUUUACAGCAGAGAAUAUAGCUCAAAAAUAACUCAUGGUCAAAGAGAAGAACCUUUUUAUAUGUUAGCAGAUGCAGAGGAAAUAUGCAAUAUUUUUAAGUAGCUCACAGCCUCUGUGUAAACUGAACAACCCAGGAGUCAGUUUCGUCACCGUCACCACCUCCGUCAGAGGAGGAGGGAUUUGAUACCAGAGAAAAAGAAACUGAUUCACCCUAUUUUUAUUGUCUACCUAUACAAAACAUUAAAGACACAUGAGCUAACAUGUGUUACCUGCGUUCAGUCGUAACACCACAUGAAAACAUACAUCAACUUUACUGUAGGAAAGCUUUGUGAAUAUUAAAUUCUUAUUUUUAAUUCAUUAGGUAAAUUAUUCAACUCGUUUUUCAAUUAAAUUUGUAUCUAGAGCAAAAUAUCUUACCUCAAGGCUGAAGACAUGAGAGACACUGAAGGGACAAAUAUAACCUGAGACACCAAAAGAAAAGGGCAGUAAGUGAUUAAAAAUGCUUCUAAAAGAAUUGUUUAAAAGUAAAAAACAUGUAGUAAAGGUAAAGCAAAUGCAUUAGCUACAUUUCUAAAACAGCAUUUGGACGGAUUAAGAGUUUGGGAUUACUCACCCUCGUGACAGAAAUAAAUAUUUGUAAAAAAACAAACAAACAAACAAACAAAAAAAGAAGAUAUAUAUAUAUAUAUAUAUAUAUAUAUAUACGUAUAUAUUUUUGUGAGAAGAUUUUCUGUAGGUUUUUCCACAUUUUCUACAAAUAUAAAUUCUGAUUCUGCCCAGAUGUUUUGAUAAUGAUAAAGAUCCCACUCUACAAGGGCUCAGAGGUUCCAGCUGUGUGGCGGCCUGGUUCACCAGCGUCCUGCAGCCUCGCAGCUCAUAAACACUGGCAGGGCUAAAAGCAGAUUGAGAAUAUGAGCAAUAUGCAAUUCCUACCAAAUAAUUCCCAGUAAGCUUCUAUACUGUAGCUAGCAGGCUGUAUUGCCAACUAAUGUUGACCCGAGAAAUGAAUUUGCAUUCAUGACUGUAGCUGCUAUAAAGUUGUUAUUCAGGUGUUACUAAUAUGAUUUUAACCGAUACUAAUAUAAAUAUAUACAUGACUAUAUAUUGCACAUAAAAUGUUCCAAUUAAAAGUAAAAGCGUGUAACAAAUUGUAAGACAACAUUAUGCAUUGAUAAUAAUUUCUAAUGUUUUUUGUUCUUUUUUAAUUUAUGACUGGUGUGAACAAUUAAAUUAUUCAAAUGCUCCCUUUUCAUAUGCACUUUGAUUGAAUGAAGGUGAUUUAUACUGUACACGAUGACAGAGACAUGGUCCCCGGAUAAAACAAUAAUUAUUGAAUUAAUUCAUUUCAUGACACAGAAACAUGGAAAAAAAGAAUAAUUCCCUCUUUUGUUAUAGAUAUCUUAAUAUAUCUUUAUAUCAGUACACAUAUAUAUCUUAAUAUACAGAAAUAUACUAUGUUUCUUCAUUGAAAAAGUACAAUUUGCAAUUAUUUGGUCAAACACAGCACACGUUUUUUGCGCUGUGUUGAUUACAAAGACGGGUUAUGUGUACUAAUAAUCCCUGAAUUAUGUGCCUGAUUUUGAUUGUCGUCCGCACACUUCUCUGAAUCUCUUUAGACCAUUUAAUUUGAUCUGAUGGAUGUGGAUUGGAAAAGCAUGAAUGCACUGAAAGCUCAUUUUGUAAUUAACUGUGUAAAGAGCUUUGAGGCUGUGUAAUGUAUGUAUGUAAAGAUCAUUUUUAUCUGUUUUUUUUAAUGUAUUUAUAUUGAACGACCAUUUCAGUGACUCUCAUGAUGGCCAUAACACAAUAUGAUCAAAUUAUAUAAAUUUACUGUGUUCAUUUUUAUAUAAAAGACUUUCCUUGAGAAGCUGAUUGUCUGUAUUGCAUUUAGGUUGAUCAUUUCACAAACUGUUUUAUUAAACGGUAAUAAAACUUCCUUCCAUAUUUGUGGGUUUUCCAGCUCUCAGCACAAAUUCAAAUAGUAGAUUCAUGUUUGGAUUAUUCUGAAAAAUAGACUUUAUAAUCUGUAACACAUUGCUACCACUUAUUUGUGUGUUUUACAUUUAUAAAUAUUGUUGUGAACGUACUACACGGUGCUUAAGGCAAAUUCCACAACUGUGCAGUGUCUCUCCAUUUUCACAUGAGGGACCAGUUAGCUGAUUUGACCUCAUUACAAGGCAGGGCGCUGUUAAAUCUCUCUCUCUGAGUCCAUGUGUGUAUAAAAAACAAACAAACAAACAAACAAACAGGACAGAUGUGCACAAACCUCUGCAUCUCCAUGGCUUGUCUGUCCUUGUGAGUGUAUUUCCCUUUAAAGCUUGAAUUUGUUUAUAAUGCCUCCACAAAUGCAGUACAAUCACAUAAAACCCCUCAACAACGUCGCCUCUGUGCUAUUAAUCAUUGAAUGAUGAUCAAUUCUUUGAAGUAUUUUACAGAGCAGGGUCACACACACACACACACACACACACACACAAACACACACACACACACACACACACAGUGAUGCUGCUACAUGAUUAAUCGCCAAAAACUCUAUUGAAGUCGUGGAAAAUCCAUUAAUAAAUAGUGACCAGCCGUAAAAAUAUAAUAAAAACCAAAGAAACGAAAGUUUGCCAUUUGUGUGUAUUUUCCGUCUCUACAAUUUGACUUUUGCUUCUUCUAGCUGUCGGUGAGUUACAUUACAAAAAUGUUUGGUUAUGUUUAGAUUUUUUUUGUGCCGAAUUCAAGUUAAUAGUUGAGCACUCCCACAUUUUCAGUUUGGAAAAAAAUCAUCAAGGGUGCCAAUUUGGAUUUAGCCCCAAAGAGAUUUCCUCUCUCUGGUUGUCGGGGUGGUCAAAUCCAACUCUGACCAGCU